CUGGCCCUUUAUUCCUUCCCUCCCGCCUUCUAACAACACCACUUUGUCGGACUACAUAUGUUGGGAUAUUGAACCAUAGUCAUGGAUAUGGAUAUGGAUGUGGAUGUGGAUGCGAAAAUGGAUAUCGACCAAGGGAAUGCCACCGGCGACAGGCCCAACACCUCAGACAACGAUGGCGACCUCGUCCAGGAGCUGUUCGCCAAGUUCAACAAUCCCCCGACCAUCCGCGCCAAACCGCCCGUCCGCCCGGAAACGCCGCCGCUGGUUGUUCGGAUCCCAGGCAGAUUGUCGAGUGACCUCGAGCAAUAUGAGUUUCUUCCCGGUCAUUUCGAUGUCCGCUACGUCAUCAGUGAGAUCUCCGAGACGGAUGAGGAGCUCAGCUAUCAAGUGAAGCUACAAAGUGGUGAGAUUGAAAGGGUAGGAGUUUCUUUGCGUUGACUGACCCCUCACCUAUCGCUCACCCUGCUCAUCUCACUCUCUCCCUAGAUGUCCUUCUCGCAACUCCAAUCCCUCCAGAACGGCCCCGAGGCGCUUUCUAAUUUCCUCAACUACGGACCGGCCAACUACGUUUCAUCUCGAUCACCCUCUCCUGUCACCUCAGCAGAAACAUCUGCCUCGGAACCAGAGAUUAACGCGAGGCGCUCCCGGCGCACUACCGUCAGUCGCAAGUCAGGCUUUACCGCAUUCUUUGGAGUCAUCAGCAGUGACGAAGAGACACCUCGUCGCGCAAGGAGAGAUUCACCUUCGAGUGAGGACCUGAUUGCUUCCUCUAGCAAGACCGGCCGAGGACGGCGGGUCUUAAGGAAGCGCUCCAGCAAAAUGCGCUCAAUUGCGAUCUCGGACUCGGAAGAGGAAGAGAGCAGCAGCGGUGCGCGCAAGGGCACCCGCUUUUCCACCAGAUCCCGCAAUACCGUGCGGAGAAACCUACGCGAGAGGAACGAAGAUGACAUCUCCGAGAAUGACGAUACUCCCAAGACACAGAAGUUUUUUGGAGCCAAGGAAUCCUUCCACGAGCUGUCCGAGAGCGACGCUUUUCGACAACGCCACCGAAAUGUUUGUGAAGUCUGCCAUGUUAUCGGCGAUGACAAGAUAAAGGGUCCUCUCGUCUUCUGCCAGGGAUGUACCAGCGCUUUCCAUCAGGCAUGUCUGGGUCCCCGGUCUGCGCGAGAUCAUCUGGCCACCAAGGUAUCGGAAACGCUGUUCAUUCUCCAGUGUCGCCGCUGUCUGGGGGUUGCCCACGGAAAAGACUCAUCCACUCCGCACCAAGGCCGUUGCGCUAUCUGCAACAUCAAAGGAAACAUGUCCAAACCAAUUAAAGAACGUUUGACUCCAAAGGAGGAGCAACAGCUCCGACAAAAGAACGGGGGCAAAGAUCCCAUCACGCCGUAUGAUAUGACCCGAGUCAAUGACAUCGAUAACGUCCUCUUCCGUUGCACCACAUGCCAUCGAGCGUUUCAUUUCGACCAUCUGUCCGAGAUCACGCACAUGACCUGGCAGUGUCAACAUUGCGCUACUGUACCCGGAGAGGUCGGGGCGAUCGUUGCGUGGCGGCCAGUUGAUACCCGAUCGGAUGCCGCCAAGGACGAGGAUAGAGAGUACCUCAUCAAGUGGAAGACGAAAUCUUACAACCAUACCACCUGGAUGCCCGGGACUUGGGUAUGGGGGUUUGUGAAUCACCAUAUGCGUCGAGCCUUCUUGAGGUCUGACAAGAGUGACGAACCGCGCAGGACCCUGGAGGAGGCAAUCCCUGAGGACUUUCUGCGGGUGGACAUUGUGUUUGACGUCCGGUAUGCCACCGUUACACCCAACUCCGGUAGCAAACGCACCUUCGAGUCAGACCUGGAACGCGUGGAGGAUGUGGUCGAGAUGUAUGUCAAGUUCAAGGGUUUGCCAUACGAGGAUGUAACUUGGGAUACGCCUCCUGAUCGCAGCAGCCACCCGGAACGAUGGGAGGACUUCAAAGCUGCCUAUGAGGAUUGGGUCAAGAGGGAAUACACUCACAUUCCGAGCCAAGAGGCCCUCAGAAAACGCAUUUCUCAUGUUAGGAAACAAAGUUUCAGCACCAAGGUCGUGAAAGAGGGCCAGCCAGAUAUUAUGACGGGCGGGCAGAUCAUGAACUACCAGAAGGAUGGGCUGGACUGGCUCUAUUACAUGUGGUUCAAGCAGCAAAAUGCUAUCCUGGCUGAUGAAAUGGGUCUUGGAAAGACCAUCCAAAUCAUCGGUCUUUUUGCCACCUUGAUUCAGUACCAUAAAUGCUGGCCUUUCCUUGUCGUGGUCCCCAAUUCGACAUGUCCGAAUUGGCGGAAGGAAAUAAAGGCAUGGGUUCCUUCCAUGCGGGUAGUCACGUAUUACGGAUCUGCCUUCUCUCGGAAGCUGGCACAGGAUUACGAGAUGUUCGCUGAUGACGAUCCCGAACUUCGGUGUCAUGUCGUGGUCGCAUCUUAUGAGACUAUGGUGGACGACGCAUCCCGCAGAGUGUUGUCUAAAGUACCCUGGGCGGGUCUUGUUGUCGAUGAAGGACAGCGGCUGAAGAAUGACAAGAGUCAGCUCUACGAAGCCUUGUCACGGCUCAGAUUCCCUUUCAAGGUUCUCUUGACCGGUACCCCUCUUCAAAACAACAUCAGAGAAUUGUUCAAUCUCCUGCAAUUCUGUGAUCCAUCGAAGAAGGCUGAGAGCCUGGAAGCCGAGUAUGGUACUCUGUCUAAGGACAACAUCCCAGAACUGCACAACACGCUACGCCCAUUCUUCCUGCGGCGGACAAAAGCUCAAGUUCUCGAUUUUCUACCACCGUGUGCUCAGAUCAUCGUUCCGGUUUCCAUGGCCAUGGUGCAGAAGAAACUGUACAAAUCUAUUCUGGCAAAGAAUCCGCAGCUGAUAAAGGCAAUCUUCCAAAGGAGGGAUGGCGGGAAAAGCUUGAAGCAGACCGAAAAGCACAACCUCAACAACAUCCUCAUGCAGUUGCGGAAGUGUCUUUGUCAUCCUUUCGUUUACAGCCGGGCUAUUGAGGAGAAGACGGCCAGCUCUGCUGCAUCCCACCGGGCCCUGGUGGAUGCGGCCGGCAAGUUCCAGCUCUUGGAGCUCAUGCUGCCCAAGCUGAGAGAGCGGGGUCAUCGAGUUCUGAUCUUCAGCCAAUUUCUUGAGAACCUGGAUAUCCUCGAGGACUUCCUGGAAGGUCUUGGAUUGCCGUUUCUUCGCCUCGAUGGAAAGAUGACGUCGCUUGAGAAGCAGAAGACGAUCGAAGAUUACAACGCGGAAGACUCCCCGUACUUUGUGUUCCUCCUGUCGACGCGAUCGGGUGGUGUGGGAAUCAACCUGGCUACCGCCGACACUGUGAUCAUUAUGGACCCAGAUUUCAACCCACACCAGGACAUGCAGGCAUUGUCCCGUGCCCACCGCAUCGGACAGAAGAACAAGGUUCUUGUCUUCCAGCUCAUGACGCGGGGAAGUGCGGAGGAGAAGAUCAUGCAGAUUGGCAAGAAGAAGAUGGUUCUUGACCACGUCCUGAUUGAUCGAAUGGUCGCCGAGGAAGACGACGGACGGGACCUGGAGUCCAUUCUGCGGCACGGUGCUCAAGCCCUGUUUGAUGACGAUGACUCGGGAGAUGUGCGCUAUGAUCCCGAAUCGGUUGAUAAGCUUCUUGACCGUAGUCAAGCUGAGCAGGUCAUGUCCCCCGAUGAAGGCAACCAGGAGUCACAGUUCAGUUUUGCUCGAGUGUGGGCAAACGACCAACAGAACCUCGAGGAUCAGCUGGAGACCGUUGAGGAAGAAGCCCCGCCGAGUGCAGACGUCUGGGAAAAGAUCCUCUGGGAGCGAGAGCAGGCCGCCGCCGAGGAAGCCCGACGGAAAGCAGAGACGCUGGGUCGCGGGAAACGUAAGCGGACAGCUGUUGACUAUGCCACCGAGGCCCUGGAACUAUCGCCGGUCAAAUCUCGCACGGAGCGUGAGGCCGAGAGCGAUACCGAGUUCCGAGCCGAGGCAGCCAUGGAAUCAGAAUCCGAUUCCGCGCCCGAUUUGGAUCCCGACGAGAUGGUCCAGGCCGCUCAGGCCGAUGGGGUCUUAAAGGCCACGAAAGGUAGAUAGAACCCCCCUCGCCCUGGCAUCUGACUGAGGACCUUCGAUCCACUGACCAGCCACGCAGUACGUCAAUUCGAACGCAUCCCCGCGCAGAACUUCCCCCCGGC